AUGGCGGCUGCGAGGGCAAUGGCCGGCCGUGGGCGUGCUGGCUGUGAUGGUGAGGAUGAUGCGGUGAUGCUGGCGUUGAUGCUGGCGUUGACGACGAAGGCAUGGGCGAAGAGGUGCGUGAUCUGGAUCGUUCCUGGAGAGUGUUCAACCUUCUUGUCCGCAGCAACUGUUCGAACUGGCGAGCGAGCUCGGAGGCGUCAACGGCAGGGCCCGAGCCUGCCGGCCGUCGAGAUCUGUCUGUCAUUUUUGGCGAUGGCCUUUGGCUGUUCACCCGGAUCUGUGUUCUUUUCUGACGCUGCAGUCGGUGUCGUCGUCGUCGAAACGAGUGUCGUGAUUGAUGCUGGCGGGCGGUUUGUGAGAGAAAGAGAGAGAGAGAGAGAGAGAGAGAGAGAGAGAGAGAGAGAAGUGAGAUCGAUGGGAGGAGGUCGGUUUGAGUCGCUGAGCCGUCCCGUCCAGGAAGAAGGAGACGAAAAGAUAUGUUUAGAUGAUGCGCAGCAAGCACAGCCCUUGGCCCUUGAUUGCGGUUCCACGCUAACCCUAAUCGUCGACCCUUUUUUCGUUCUCGCAGUCCUCGUCAGCGAACAGCUUGUCUGCUUGACGCUGCAGCUCUUUCUAUCGGUUCUAUCGAGGCCUGGUUGCCAGCUGGCAGAUGUUGAAGUUGAAGUUGAAGUUGAAGUCGAAGUCGAAGUCGAGAAAGGCGAGCGUCGCGGAGGGAAAAAGCGGCGUGAGGUGGCAGAAACCAACCCUCGCCCAAGACAGGCAAAAGAGUAA